AUGGCGACCCGUGUGGAUGCAAAGAUGCUGCGACAAACAAAAUUUUCUCCAGAGUUCAGUCAAAAGGUGGACAUGACCAAGGUCAACAUUGAGGUCAUGAAAAAGUGGAUCGCGGGAAAGAUUUCUGAGAUUUUAGGAAACGAAGAUGAUGUUGUCAUCGAGCUUUGUUUCAACUUAUUAGAAGGGUCUCGCUAUCCCGACAUCAAAUCGCUACAAAUUCAGCUUACGGGGUUUCUUGACAAGGAUACUGGCAAAUUUUGCAAGGAUCUAUGGUCGCUAUGUUUGAGCGCUCAGCAAAAUCCUCAAGGAGUGGCCAAGGAGCUUCUUGAGGCUAAGAAGCUGGAACUCAUCCAAGAAAAGAUCGAAGCAGAAAAGGCUGCCGAAGAGGCUCGCAAGAAGAAAGAGCAGGAGCGAGUCCGCGAGCGCGAGAUUGAGGAAAUACGACGCAGGGAACGCUCAGACAGAGGCAGAGGCGGAAGAAGAGGCGGCUUUGGAGGCCGGGACUUUGAUAGACGCCGCUCACCUCCGAGACGGCGCAGCCGAGAUCGUUAUUGGGACCAGCCUCCGAGGCGAGACUUCGAUUCGUACGUUCCCUCCGGUCCUCCUCGCAGAGGCCGUCGGCCCUCUAGAUCCCCCAAUCGCUCACGUUCACGCUCGCGAUCCGUAACAUCUUCCCGUGAACCGCCGCGCCGGCAACGCCAUGAUCGGGCCAGACGACGUCGAUCAGCUAGCGGUUCCGCCUCACCGGACCGAGGAGAUCGCCAGAGGCAGAGGAGACGUAGUCCUGAUUACGGUGAUCGAGCAAGAUCCAUAUCCCGCAGUGAUUCUUCCCGCUCACGUACUCCCAGAAGAGACCGAAGACAAAGAUCCGUUUCUUCCAGCCCAUCACGAUCCCCCGCUCCUAGAAACCGACACAGAAAAAGGGGCUCGUCUGUGUCGAGAUCGCGUUCUCGAUCACGAACACCCGAGAGAAACCAUGGCCGGCGGAGAUCAUCGCCUUACUCAAGAGAUGACAAGAGAGAAUCAACGGCUAAUAUUGCGAAGGGCAACAGAACUCGUGACGAUCGCCGUUUGAGCCGCAGUAGAGACCGCAGCGUGGACCGCAGACGCCGGCGCUCGUCCAGAAGCGAUAGUCGCAGUCGCAGCGGAAGCAGAGGCCGGUCUUUCAGCAGAAGCGUUAGCCCGCGGCGUCAUGAUUCUCGCAGUCGUAGUCGCCACGGGGACAGGAAGCGACGCCGCUCCAUUGAGAGAUAUGCUCCUGCCGCGCGAAGAAGGCGCAACACCUCUUCUGUAUCCGUCCAUACUGAGAAACGACAGAGAAUGACUGAUCAAGAAGAGUAUGCAACGCGCAAGUCACCGCUUCGUGAGACCGAAAACGAGAAGAGCCCUACUAAAGAGGUGGGUGAAUGA